AUGCGCUUUUUGGUCAAUGAGAGUGAGCCUGAUGGGAUCGCUGGCUUCAGCCGCCUUCUAGGGGUGGGCAGCCCCCAGGUUGGGGUUGAUCCUCGACCUGGGGAAGGCAAACUCCUGAAGGUGGUGCGGGGCAUAGAGAUCCGAGCAGCCAUCAUUGACUGGACAAAAGAGGAUGGAGUGUAUGUGGGGCCACCCAGUAAGGACUAUGGCACCACCAUUUACCAUCGAGACUUUGUCGGUCAGUUGGAUAGAGAGCUGGUCCGAGAAUCCCUUCAGGGCCAACGGUUGUACGUCCAGGAGAAGGACCAGCACCAUGCCGAGUGGCUCAUAGCAGAGUUUGGCUUGGAAGCAGGACAGCAUCUUGACCCCCAGGGGUGGAAGCAAAUCUUGAAGCGGUGUUGCAGCCGAGCGAUGUCGCUGAGCUUAACCGGGGCGAUCUUGAAGCUGGCUAUCCAAUGUCGCCCGGGUGAGUUGGGGAACUUUGCUCGUGCCCUGACUUGCUGUGCUCUGGAGGCUUUUCAGCGCAAUUCCGCAGAGCUGCUCCCGCUCCCCCUUCCACCUUUGGAUGAGGCUGGCCUUGCAAUUGAAGACAGGAUCAGGUCCUUGGCUAUGGAAAGCACAGGAGAUGAUGAGGCCUGGAAGGCCGUGGAAGAGGUGGCCCCUCAGAUUGGGGAAACGGUGUGGACUUGGUUGCAAGUUCUGGUGACGAACUUCCUGUAUUGCCAAGGGGUCAAUGGCAGGAUGAUCACUGAGGGGAUGCUGCAUGGAAAGACGCCCACCAAAGCACAGGAGGAGGCCAUCCUGAAGCUGCGACAGUGGUCACGAAAGUGGCUUAGCGGAGAUCAAACCAAUUGCAUCCGAGCGGAUAGCUGGGAAAACUUGGCGGAAAGUCUUGGGGAUCUCUACACUGGCCCCUCACUGGGGAAGUCUUAUCCCUUGACGUUGGAGGCCAUUCUGCCCACCACUCCUGGGGCCUUGGAAGCAGCUAGAGUUGCUCUUGCAGAUGUGGUGAGCCCGGCCGUCAGGGACUACGUGAACCAGCCUGAUCUGCUGCGAAUUCCAGAUGAGGAGCUGGUGUGCCCACGCACAAGUGCCGUUGUGCAGGUGGAGUCACAGGAUGAGUGGAACAAGGUUGUGGCUCACCUGGUGGCAGCAGGAAUGCUAGAGAGAGAGGUCCCAUCUGAGACCCUGCGUUUCAAAGAUGUGCCGGUGAGGAACGGCGCAUUUGGAGUCCACAAAAAGUGGGUUAUGAAAGAGGACGGAAGAUGGUUGAGAACAUUGCGCCUGAUCAUCAACAUGAUCCCAGGGAACAGUUUCCAACGACGCAUGCCAGUGAGGGCGUCGGAGAAGAUGGGGUACGCUCCGUUGUGGGGGAAUCUGUACCUUCAUGAUGAUGAAGUCAUUAUUUGCGCUGCUGAGGAUCAGAAGCAUUGUUUCCACAUCUACCGGCCUGGCUACGCAUGGAGAAGCUUCUUCAGCCUGAACAAGAAAGCAGCUGGCUGGGCCUUUGGAGAUGGAAAUGAUCAGGCAGGUUAUCCCAGGGUGAAAAGCGCUCCAAUGGGAUGGAACAACGUGGUUGACUUCAUCCAAGAUGGAUUUGAAAACAUUGCUCGGGAAGCGGGCCUCAGCCCGGCACAGAUGAUCAAGAUGGGAGAGCCAAGUCCUCUGCAGGCACUUAACACUCCACGGAGCUUCUUCUCCUUCUACGUGGACAACUAUGACCAGCUGACGAUGGUCUGGCGGACUGACAGAGGUUUGUACGAGGGGCAGCCGACUUGUGAACAGCUGCUCCUCAGGGAAAAGAUGAGCGAACUGACAGUGGGGCGUGACCCAAACAAAGCAGCAGAGGGGACGCUCACGUGGGUGACGCUAGGAGCAGAGGUAGAUGGAGAAGCAGGCUGGGUUGGGAGCUCGAUGGAGUUCCGACGUGCGCUGACGUCUUCGAACCUUGGGCUGCUGGGCGGGGAGUUGGUCCGUACUGACUCACCCAACCUGCAGUCUGUGGUUUCGAAGAACAUGCACAGCGUGCAAUACUGUCGGCCCCUGUCCUGUUUAUUUGAUCACCUCUACAUCGACUUGAACAAAAGCGUCCCCCGAGUGGUUAGCGAGAAGGCAAUGGAUGAGGUGCUGCUCCUAACUGGGGCGCUUCCGAUGCAUUGGAUGGAUCUACGGAUGAAGAUCUCAGGGCAGGUCUAUGCGACUGAUGCCAGCUUAGAAGGCGGUGGAGCCUGUGUAAGCACAGGCCUGAGCUCCUGGCGCUUGUCGCGACUGCAGAGCUUGUCGCAUGAAGUGGAUGGAAUGGAAGGCCAAGCAACUUGUCGCAUGGUGGUGAUUGAGAUGUUUGCUGGCACGGGAGGCUUGAAGCAAGCCCUUGACUUGAUUGGCCUCGAGCCAAUGGGGGUCGUGGCCGUUGACGCCUCUCCGGAGUGCAUGAAGGUGUACCGACAGCAUUGCAGGCAUUGCAUUUGGAUCAAGGAUGCCCUGACUAUCACAAAGAAGGAUGUUUUGGAAUGGCGUAGGAGGUUUCCACGGGCGGAGGAAGUGCUGCUUGGCGGGGGCUGGCCCUGCAUCAACCACUCAGCGCUCAAUGUGAACCGGCAAGGCGCUGCUGGAGCAAGCAGCCAGCUCUUGGAUGCAAUGCUGCAAAUCAGGCAGUGGUUGACAGAAGUGUCACAGGAACUCAACCUCAAACCCUGGAAGCUCUACGAGUUCUAUGAAAACGUGGUGAUGGAUGAUGAGGACUAUGCAGUCCAAAGUCGAAAAAUUGGUUUCGCAGCUCAUUUCCUUGAGGCUGGUCAGGUGGGACGCUGUCGUCGCCCACGGCUCUACUGGGUAAAGAAUGUGGAGAUGGUCCCAGGAGUGGAUAUGAGGAUCAUCAACAAUGUGCCGAUGAGAGGUCACAGCUACCAUGUGAAGGAGGUGGACCUUGACACAGAGAGGCCGCCAAUGAGCUGGUUUCUCAAUGACAAGGCAGUGAAGAUGGCUGAUGAAGAGGAGCCCUUUGCCACUUUCACUCGACCAACGGCACGAAGUGCACCACCACCUUCGCCAGCCGGAUUGGAGCAGGCCUCUGAAGCCGCAAAACGCCGGUGGCGGGGCGAUGCAUACAGAUUGCAGCCUUAUCAAUACGAGCCCCGCAACUUGGUCAGAGACCACAAUGGGCCGCGCCGCCCUAUGCCGGAGGAGCAACUGAGAAUGAUGGGCUUCACUUCAAGCCAUUUGAAUACCAAGGCGCGUCUGUCGCAAGAUCAGAAGGGUCAGAUGAUUGGCAACAGCUUCUCAGCCAUUGCAGUGGCUCGCCUGCUGGUGGGGUUGGUCUUGAGCCCUGAGGAUUGUGCCAGGAGCGACAUCACUCUGGCGCUUUGGAAUGUUUGGAAGGCAAAGGAAGAGAAGGUCCAGGCUGAAGAUCGUCCAUGGAAAGUCCGCUUCUCCUCAGUGGCCGCUGGCAUGCCGGGGACGGUGAGCUUGCGCGAGCAGGUGUUGCCGUCGCCAGUUAUGCUGGUCCGGCCCUGGGUCGAUCCCCAAGGGUGGAUGACGGAUGAGGAGACCUUGGCAUACUUGUUGGCGAGGAAUGGCACUCACAGAAGUGCUGAAAUCCGUGUCGACCUGGGGACGCCUUUCUCAGUUGGGGAGCUCUGUAGACAGAGCGUUGACCCAUCCCACUGGGUGUGGCGUGUGCUGCUAUCUUAUGAAUGGAAAGAGAAAGGGCAACAUAUCAACACCCUGGAGCUUGUGGCCAUUUUGGACCUUCUUCGACGCCAGGGACGAGAUGUGAAGAACCAAGGUAAGCGCCUCAUUGCCUUGGUUGACAAUAUGGUCGCGAUGUCUUGCCUCUCGAAGGGACGCAGUUCGUCGCGGAGUCUUCAGGCCCCUUUGCGACGAAUCAGUGCCGUAUGCCUUGCAGACCUGAUGCCCCGACGACAAGUGUUGGGGCGACGUUGCCAGGUGGAGCGAAAACGAGAGCGGCAGGCAUUGGGCACGUUGCAAAGUUUAGUUGUGGCACCAGCUACACGUAAGAGGUAUCUUGAGGCUGUUUCACGUUUCCUUGCUUUCUUAAAAAUGCAUGGAUACUCAUAUCCACGCUGCUUUGCUGUUCUUGAUGGUCGAGUUUCUGAAUUCAUUGAAUCUUUGUGGCAUUCAGGGGAUCCUAAAAGUUUUGCAAGUGAUUGCUUGUCUGGGCUGGGCCAUUUUGUGCCUCAAUGUAAGAAAUUUCUGGUGGGCUCCUGGAGACUUCACGGGAGCUGGACACGUGCUGAACUCCCCGCACGGGCGCUGCCCUUCACCCCGGUCAUCGUCUAUGCCCUUGCACAACUUUCAUUUCAACAAGGGUGGCCAGAUCUUGCCAUUUUGCUGCUUUUAGGUUUUGAUCGCUAUGCUCGCACUGGGGAACUUUUCUCUGCCAAGAAGGGUGAUUUUACCUGGAAUGCGGCUGCUUCCCGGCUGGUGUGGUCUCUUCCGUUGACAAAAGGGAGACAGCGCACAGGUGCUCAAGAAUCCCUGGUCAUCAAUGAUCCAUGGCUAAUUGGAGCGCUGCGCAACUUUGUUGCUCCUCUGGCGCCGGGCGAUUUACUUCGCUCUGCUUCGCCUGGUGUCCUGCGGCAACGUCUGAAGUCCCUGAUCUCUGACCUAGGUCAAUGCUUGCAAAUUCCUUUUCUUUUCUGGCCACAUCAUCUCUCCUGCAAGCAAUGCUUGAGCUUUGGCUACCAGGUUUGUCAGCAGAUCACUGCAAGGUUGAUGCGGAAGACUGUGAAAACAGCCAGUAAGUCCAGCCUGUUCCAGGGGCGCUGGCAGCUUGAACAGAUUUUGGUGGACCGAGAGAGCCGCGAAACUCCAUAUCCCUAUGGCCCGCCACUUCGUCCGUUUCUCGCUGCAGUGACGGACAACGCGGUGGUGAACAAACUCAUGGCCGAACAUCGUCAGGCCAAGGCCAUGGCCACAAGCCUGGAUCUGCUGUGGCAAAAGGGGAAGUGGCACUAUGCGCAAGGACUCUGUAGGCGCAUCGUGGAGUCGCCCAUCUUUGAAGCCGUGCUGUCGGUGGUGAUCUUUGUGAAUGCUAUCACCAUCGGUAUUGAGGCGGAUAUGAGCAUUCAGAAUGAUGAAGAAGAGAUGACAUGGUCAUUGAUCGUGGAGGUUCUCUUCUUGGUGAUCUACAUUCUGGAGCUGAUUAUCCGCUUGGUGGCCAACAAGUGGCGCUGCUUUCGAGAUCCCUGGUUCAUUUUCGACUUCGUCUUGGUCACGGUGUCCCUUCUGGGCCAGGUCAUCGGCGCUGUGGCCAGCUUUCCAGCGGUGAUCCAACAGGUGUUGAUUCUUCGUGCGUUGCGCUUGCUUCGGGUGAUUCGAGCCUUGCGGAUGAUCAAGCAGAUGCGUGGCGUGUGGCGAUUGGUCUCUGGCUUGCUGACUUCUUGUAUUGAGAUGAUCGCCAAAGACGACACCUUGCAGGCCGAUGUGGUGACCAGCAGGAUCAUUCAAGAGAAUUUCAGCACCACGGCAGCACGUUUGGAGAACGUGCCCAAAAAGUGA